CUCGAAUUCACAAUCGAAAGCUUUUCUAAAAUCCCGUCAACUCAAGGACGGGAGGGGAGGGAGCAGGCCUGCGAGUGUGACUGACCAGCGACGGACGGUAGGAAGGGAAGCGCAUUGGCAACGGUGGCCGCAUUCGAAAGGCCGUCGGCGGCGAUUUCACUUUCCUCCGGAAUCACUCAUUUGUUCCGCAUUUUGACGCCGACCCAUUUUAUUCCCUUUCAAUCUCGCUCAAACCCUACCCACCAUUUUCCUUUCCCUUUGUCUUCCACGUUUUAGGGUUCUCUCCUUUCCUUCUCACUUUCUCCUCACCAGUAGCUCUAGCAAUGGCAGAUCUCCACCCCAAAUCGGACAUUUCCUUCGUCGAGAUUUUCUUGUGCAGCGCGUUUGCUGCUUGUUUUGCCGAGUUCUGUACAAUUCCAUUAGAUACUGCUAAAGUGAGGCUCCAGCUGCAGCGUCAGACUGCUCCUGCUGGGGAUGGAGGAACAAGUGUACCUAAAUACACAGGUCUGUUGGGCACCAUGGUUACGAUUGCACAGGAAGAAGGUUUAUCAGCACUCUGGAAAGGGGUUACUGCCGGACUGCAUCGGCAGUUUAUCUAUGGAGGCUUAAGGAUUGGAUUAUAUGGACCCGUGAAAUUUUUUCUGACUGGCACUAGUGGAGUUAUCCCCCUAUACCAGAAAAUACUUGCAGCUUUGAUAACAGGGGCAGUAGCCAUUAUUGUAGCCAAUCCCACGGAUCUCGUGAAAGUCAGGCUUCAAGCUGAAGGGAAACUACCACCUGGUGUACCUAAGAGGUAUGAUGGAGCAUUGGAUGCUUAUCGUACUAUAGUGAAGCAGGAGGGACUAACUGCCCUGUGGACUGGACUGGGGCCGAACAUAGCAAGAAAUGCCAUCAUAAAUGCUGCUGAGCUUGCCAGUUAUGAUGAAGUGAAGCAGGACGGUGUUCUUACUCAUAUUCUAGCUGGCCUAGGUGCUGGUUUCUUUGCUGUGAGCAUAGGUUCACCCAUUGAUGUGGUGAAAUCGAGAAUGAUGGGAGACUCUUCGUACAAUAGUACUGUAGAUUGUUUCAUCAAGACCAUUCAGAAUGAGGGGAUUUUUGCCUUGUACAAAGGGUUCUUUCCCAAUUUUGGCCGGCUAGGAUCUUGGAAUGUUAUAAUGUUCUUGACGCUGGAGCAAGUAAGUUGGAUUACAAGGGCAAUGAACCAACCACACAAUCUUCUCUAUUUCAACCACUGAACUGCUUUGCUGCCAUUUGCUUUCCAUGUGGAUUCAGGUGAAGAAAAUAUUCAUCAGGGAAGUAUAUUACGAUUGAGCACGACAAGGUGGUAACUCUUUGGCAAUUAUGGAAGAAGUCGUUACUACUUCUUUGCCAGUAGAUUAAAGGUUCAAAUUAUUGAUAUCAGCUCCUUUUGAUGGGAGCGAAAUAACACAUCCUACAGGCGAGAGAUGACACCGCUGUCGCUGCAGAGUAGAUGUUGUAGUAUAUUUGUUUACCUCUGUAUCAUUUAGGUAUUGUGCUCUCAUUUCUACCAAAUUCAAUCCGAUUGUUCCAUUCAGAAUCUUGCAUGUAAAACAAACCGGGUUAAUUGCAUUGUUGGUCAGUGAGAUUACAAAAAAAACGUUCAUGUUUGGU